CGAAGCAGAGACGCUCCUGGGAAUGGCGAAACAAAGUUUGUAUCGAAUAAUGUCUCCUCCGGCGGUGGAGAUUGGGUCUCCGGUUGAAACGGUUUCUCCUUCGCUAAACCCUGCCGGUGAAUUCUUCUCCGCAUUUUUUCCGGAGAGUGUCCACUCUCGCGAUCAACGAAGCAUGCACGCUUCUUCCUCCUCCUCUACAGAACCUGGUAUCGGGAAUGGAUUCCAAUUCGGGUUCGGAGCUGGUUCUGGACAAAGUACCAAGACUCGAUCGAAGCCGAGGCUGGUCAAACUGAGGAAGAACGGAAGAAAAGUGAAAGGAACCUCUCUUUCCGGCGAUAUCCUCUCGGGUUUCAAUCCAUUUGCGCCGCCCAGUAAAGGUAGUCUCCAUAUGAAUAGUGGCAAUGAUAGAAAUGAUGGCGAGUCACCUGGGGAUAAACAUUUUGUCUUUGGGGCUAAUGGGAAUAGUUCUGGUGCAAAAGGUUCUAGUACUGGUAAUGCCCCAUCGUCUGAUGAGGAGGAAUUUAGCACACCUAUAGGUGACUAUGACUUGGGUUCGGAAUCCACUAAACAGCAUUCAGAUGGAGGUUUAGGAAAGCUUGGUAAUGAUAUUCCGGCAAACACCAGGCCGUGUAAUGAAAGCACACCUUGUGGUGCGGGAAAUGGGUUUGAUAGUGGUGAAAAUGGAAGCUGGAAAGAUGUCCAGAAUCCAGGUGCGUCUGAGGAGGUUUUUCGAGGACAGAAUGACAUAGACAAGAAUGCAUCGGAAAGUAAAUCUUGUUAUGAUACUUGUAGAAAGUCUAACAGUGUGCAAAAUGCUCAUAGUGAAAGUAUAGAUGAUUCUGAAUGGAACCUGCGUGCUGAGAUGGAGAAACUUAACAUCAGUGGUACCAGAGUUCAUGGUGGCAACGGCUAUGAGGAAGCAAGAAAAUCCAGUAACGCGCCUGCAUUUGUUUUUGGUAGCUCUGGAAAGGUUGAUGCUGAAUGCAAAGAUGUGGCAACACCAGGGCCAUGCGCUUUCAGCUUCAAUGGUUUUCAACAAAGUGAUAAUGCAGCGGAUAAAAGACCUACUUAUCAUUCUGAUACCACCAACAUAAACAACCUAACAAGCACUACCUUUAAUACAAGAACAGCCUUUGACGAUUUCAAAGUAGAUCCUUCUGUGCUUAAGAACAGUCUGUUUCCAGAAGUGAGCAAAAAUCUAGUACAUUCGCGAAGAAAUCGUUUAUCCAAGGACAAGAGAUCUAAGAAAGACAAGGAAAAAAUGAAACAGCAGGGUCCAAAUCGAUGUAACGAUCAGGCCUCUGUGGGAAUUCAGUCUCAAGAGAAACGAAGCUCCCCUGGAUGUGGCUCACCCAUGGAUUUUUCUCCUUAUGAAGGCGAGAAAGCCAGCUAUCAUUUUCCAACAGAAACUCCUCUGACAUCAAUUGAUCCCUCACAAUCGAGAGAACAUGUAAAUUCCCGCUCUAGCAAUGACUUCAAGGUUGCCUCAGCCAGGGAUCAUGUAAAUAGUUGUAUGCCGGAAUUUUCUUUCUCAGCUUCCAGUUCUCAGGGAAAAAUACCAAAUAAAAAGCUUGCAGCUGUAAGGAAAUAUAAGAGGAAAGUUAAUAACAGUUUUCCGAAAAACAAUCUUAAUGCCGCCAAGCAGAACAAUCAAGAGAAUCAACCUGUGAAUACAGGUCAAGCUACACAGGAGUCAGGCUUUGCAUCUGCGAUGCCUGAUGCAUGUGAGGUUUGGCGACUAAGGGGAAAUCAAGCCUACAGAAAUGGUGAUAUGUGUAAAGCUGAGGAAUGUUACACACAUGGUAUUAAAUCCUCCCCGUCAAGUGAUAAUUCAGAAUACUUCAUAAAGCCUCUUGCGCUUUGCUAUGGCAACCGCGCAGCAGCAAGAAUUUCUCUUGGAAGAUUGAGGGAGGCUAUAAGCGACUGUGAGAUGGCUGCUUCACUUGAUCCAAGCUACAUUAAAGCGUAUAUGAGAGCUGCAAACUGUCAUCUUGUGCUGGGGGAACUUGGAUCAGCAGUGCAGUAUUUUAAUAAAUGCAUGGAAUCCGCCUCUAGUGUCUGCUUGGAUCGACGAACUACUAUAGAAUCAGCUGAAGGUUUACAAAAGGCUCAAGAGGUAGCUGAGUAUACCAACUGUGCAUCCAUAUUUUUGGAGAAGAGAACACCCGAUGGUGCAUCUGACGCAUUGGUUCCAAUUGCAAAUGCCUUGUCAAUUAGUUCAUGCUCAGAUAAAUUGCUUCAAAUGAAGGCGGAGGCCCUGGUUAUGCUCCGACAUUAUAAAGAAGUGAUUGAGCUUUGUGAGAAUACCCUUGAGACGGCUAAGAGGAAUACUGUUUCAGCAGGGAUUGGUGGCAUCACAAAUGUUGAUGGAUUACAGUCUACGCAUCACUCACUAAUAGUUUGGAGAUGGAACAUGAUUUCCAAGUCGCACUUUUACUUGGGAAACCUUGAGAUGGCCCUUGGUAUAUUAGAAAAGUUACAGCAAUUGGGAUCUAGCCACAACGAGAAUCAGGAAGACUGUCGUGAGUCACCGGCUUCUUUAGUGGCCACCAUUACUGAACUUUUAUGUUACAAGAACGCAGGUAAUGAAGCUGUUCGGGCAGGAAAGUACAUGGAAGCAGUAGAGCAGUACACUGCUGCACUAUCAAGAAAUGUUGACUCACGCCCUUUUGCAGCAAUUUGUUUUUGCAAUCGUGCGGCUGCUAAUCAGGCGUUAGUCCAGUUUACGGAUGCAAUUGCUGACUGUAGUCUUGCCAUGGCUCUUGAUGAAAACUACACAAAGGCAGUUUCCAGGAGAGCCACACUACAUGAGAUGAUUAGAGAUUAUGAUCAAGCAGCUAGUGAUCUCCAGAGGCUUAUCAGCAUUCUCGUAAAGCAAAGUGAUGAGAAGAGAAAAACGUCAGAUACAUCUGCUGAUCGUGCAAGCAGCAGGAAAGAACUAAGGCAGGCCCGCCAACGGCUGUCUGUAAUGGAAGAAAAAUCGAAAGAGGGCAUUCCUCUGGAUUUCUUCCUCAUCAUGGGAGUGAAGGCAUCUGACUCUGCUGCUGAUAUCAAAAAGGCUUACCGCAAAGCAGCUCUUAGACAUCACCCAGACAAGGCUGCACAGAUUCUUGUCAGAAGCGAAAGCGAAGGACCAUGGUUGAAGGAGAUAUUAGAAGAGGUUCACAAGGGUGCAGAUAGGCUCUUCAAAAUGAUUGGAGAGGCAUAUUCAGUUCUUUCUGACCCAACUAAGAGGUCGGACUAUGAACUUGAGGAAGAGAUUAGGAAAGCGAGGGCAUCUAGAGAAAGUUACAGAAGCAGAGGAAACAGAAAGGCUGCAGAAGCAAGUAGCCCUCCAUAUCAGUCAAGCCCAAGCAAUCGAUACUGGAGGAACAGCGAGAGGACAUAUCGAAACACGCCUUCUUGGUGGUAGAACGCUAAAUUUUUCUUGGUGGCAUAACUCAUAAGCUAUAGGGAUCUGCUGGGUUACUCCCAGGUGAGUUAUUCCAGAGCUACUGAAGUAAGAUCAUAAUUCUCUCUGCUUUGCGUCAUCCUCGCAAGCUCUCACUUUAAGAGGCUAUUCAGUGGAAAAAAACCGUCCUUUGAUCCCUAAAAACGACAGAGACGAAGUUCCAAAGA